AUGGAGACGGGCAAAAGCGUGCGGGCGCUGGCAGGACGCGUGCCGCCGCAGGGAAAGCCAGUGCUGAGCUUGCACGCGGCGGGCAGCGAGAGGGGGGUUCUAGUAGGCCUGCGCCUAGAGAGGAGUGCUCGGGGAAGCAGCAGCAAGAAGAACGGAAGCGGCGAUGACAGCUCCGAGGAGGCGAAGAGAGAAGCGAAGAGCGAGAGGGUUGCAGACAAGGGUUGGGUUUGGUAUAACGCGGGGUUUCAGGAGAGUGGUGGGGUUGAGGAAGUUGAAGCAGAUGAUCGCGGCGUUUCGAUUGGAGCAGCCGGGAAUUCGGCCGAGGAGGGGAUCCCUGCGGUUCCUGAGGACACGGGAGAAGCUGAUGCCAAGGAGAUCGCGCACAUUCUGCAGGGCGUCUCGCCCCUGGCGGAAGCGCUUGAGACCGACGAGCUGGUGAACGGCACGGGCGAAAGCGUACUGGGUCCAGAAGCAGAGGUCUCGAGCCGCUUCUUGGGCGCUAACGGCAGCAGCAAACCUGGGGCUGGCACCAUGGGAAAAGGGAGCAAAGUGACCAGUGACACGGCGCACGAAAAGUGCAAACUAGACCGGGCGGCAAAAAGUGCGGACGACGGAGCGGCGGAGCCGAAUGCCAUCGGAGCGGCUGAACAGCCGGGACUUGACACCGCGGUGCAUGAAGAGCUCGUCGAAGAGACCCCGGCUGAAGCCAAGCCGGCUGAGGGGAGCAGAAGGACGGGGCAGUCGGGGAGUUUCACCGGGCAGAGCGGCCUGUGCAACGAGGACCUGGCAGACAUGGAGUGGACACAUGGUCCCUCGUACGCAGAGUUGAACAGCGAAGACGGACGGCGUGACUCGGCCUGGGACCGUGAGAUGGCCGAUAUUGAUGCCAGUAUGUAUACGGAGCUCCCCCCCAAAGACGACGAACAGCCGGUGAGAGGGGCCUCCAGGAACGCUGCAGUGGGGGGGGUGACCCGCGGCGGGAAGCAAGAGGGGGCCCGCGAAAUGCCCAUUCCAGCAGGGGGUGCGUCAGCCGGCGAAAACAAGUCCGGGCUGGUGAAGCCGUCUGCGGCUAGGGCGGGCACGGUGGGAAGGCUGAUGGUUGGUGUGACCAAGAAAGGUGCGGAGGGGGCCCGGGGGAGUGGUAUCGGGCGGUUCAGAAGCACGGCUAAAGCUACCGAGGGCGGGGCGUCGGUCGGGGGUACGAGACCUGUCUCGGGAAAGGAAGCUGCGGAGGCGGGAAGUGUGGCCGGGAGAGGCAAGCCGGGGCCGGUGAAGAAAACGGCGGGAACCGAAGCGGCAGCUGAGGACAAGAAGGGCCCGGGCGGCACGCAAGGCGGCGGGAAGGGGGUCGGGAAGCCGCCGAAGGGCGCGGAAAGAGGACCGUCAGCCUCGGGCGGAAAUGGACCCGUCUGGAAAGCGUGA